AUGAGCGCCUCGGCGGCUACCGGCGUCUUCGUCCUCUCCCUCACAGCCAUCCCCGUCACGUACCUCUUCAACUGCUUGGCGGCCGUCAGCAGUUCCUGGGCAAUUGUUGCAGUUGGAUUGCUGGUCCUGGUUUUUAUUGCUCUGUUGGCUCGUCUUCUUGUCAAAAGAAAACCACCAAAAGACCCUCUUUUUUAUGUUUAUGCUGUAUUUGCCUUUACCAGCGUAGUGAAUCUAAUAAUUGGACUGGAACAGGAUGGUAUUAUUGAUGGAUUCAUGACUCAUUACUUGAGAGAGGGUGAACCCUAUCUGAACACUGCCUAUGGCCAUGUGAUCUGCUAUUGGGAUGGCUCUGCUCAUUAUCUGAUGUAUCUGUUGAUGGUGGCAGCUAUUGCAUGGGAACAAAGCUAUAGAUCCAUUGGCCUCUACUGGCUAGGUUCCAUUAUCAUGAGCAUCAUUGUCUUUAUGCCUGGAAAUAUUGUGGGUAAAUAUGGAACAAAAUUGUGCCCUGCUUUUUUCUUAAGCAUACCAUAUAUUUGCCUUCCCAUAUGGGCUGGGUUCCGGAUUUAUAACCAACCUUCAUCGACUCGUGAUGCUCCAGUCAAGGCGGUUCAGGAGGUCCAGAAGAAAGGACUCUUAAGACGACCAAUCGAUUUAAUGUUAGCUGCAUACCUCAUUCUAGCAACGGGGUUUUGCAUAUUUAGGGGCAUGAUUGCUCUGGAUUGCCCUGCUGAACUCUGCCGGUUAUACAUCCAGCUGCACGAGCCUUACAUAAAAGAUCCUGCUGCCUAUCCUAAGCUUCAGAUGCUGGCAUACAUGUUCUACUCUGUGCCAUACCAUGUGAUUGCUCUGUACGGCCUGCUGGUACCUGGUUGUUCCUGGAUGCCUGAUUUAACCCUUAUACAUGCUGGAGGACUAGCUCAGGCUCAGUUCUCCCAUAUUGGUGCUUCUCUUCAUGCUCGAACUCCUUACAUCUACAGAGUCCCUGAAGAAGCAAAACAGUUUUUCCUGGUAUUGAACAUAAUGUAUGGGAUUCUUCCCCAGCUGCUGGCUUACAGGUGCGUCAACAAGCCAGAGUUUUUUAUGAAAACAAAACAAGAAGAAAAACCAGAAUAGCACAAGCGUUUGCAGGUCCUCCUUCUGGCUGUGUAUAUAAUUGGGUUGGUAUGUAACUGAACUGCUCAGCUGGAAGCCAGAUGAAGCGUGUAAGAUGUGUAAGAGUGCAGAGUUGUGUCAAGUUGCAUGGGCUGUUCUGUUUAUCCUACUCCAAAAGGGAAAAUAAA